GUUGCAGACGAGGCUUUGACCUUUUGUUCAAUGUAUUUCAAAGGCAUUGAAACAAGAUUUAACCGUCUUGAUCGAAAUGAAGAUGCAACUUAUAUCCCACGAAAUCUUGCAGUUUUCCAAUCUCAAUGUCGUCCACUCACAAAGGGAACUUUGAAGACUCUCGAUCAUAAGACUCGUGAAAUAGCUGAGUGGUUCAUACUUGAGAAUUCUCCUGAAAUUGAGCCUUAUUUAGACGAACACCUACAAGAGAUUAAACAAAAAUACCCAGAUGGUGAUCAUGAUCGUUUGCAUAGGAAAAAUUUCCGUUCGUGGUUUCAUAAAAAGAUAUAUGACCUGCACAAGCUUGGGUCUUUGGAUAACGGUGAUGAACUGUUAGCUUUAGCAUCUGGGUCAGAUCAUUUGUCAACCUUUUACCAAGGUUGUAUAGUCAAUGGUGUUCGAUUUAUUGCACACGAUCGAGACAAAAAGCGCACCACACAGAAUAGUGGAGUGUCUGCUGCCGGAACAGAAGGUUUUAAUUUUUACGGCACGCUUGAAGAAGUGGUGAUACUUUCUUUCACUGGUGCAUAUUCAGUGGCAUUAUUUCAGUGCAAAUGGUUUAAUACAAAUCCAAGAAUGAAGAAAACAGUCAUUGAAAAUAAUGUCACCAGUAUAAACGUCAAUGGUGAAUGGUACAAAGAUGAGCCGUACAUACUUGCUACUCAAGCUAAGCAAGUUUUCUAUCUCGAUGAUUUACUUAGAGGUCGUGAUUGGAAAGUUGUAGAAGAUGUGAAUCAUCGACAGAUUUGGGACAUUAAGGAAAAUUCUGAUGAGGUUAAUGAUGUUAUUGAUGUUGUACAUGAAACAAGUUCAUCAAAUUUUUUGUUGACUGUGGACCUCGGAGAGUUGAUUAUGCAAUCUGAUCAACCUGCUGCAUAUGUUGGAGCUGAUGAAGAUGGUGACGACGAAGCUGAUAUGUCAGAACAUGAGGACGUUGCAGAUGCAGAAGAUGAAUUGGUUGUUGAACUUUGUGAAGAUGAAAAUGUGUCUCCGAUUACUGAUGGAAAUGAUAGUGAUUACUCUGUUUAGUUUUUUUCUAUUUGUGUAACAGAACUAUGUAUUUAAAUAUAAUGAAGUGUUUUUUUGUAAUUAUAAUAUAAGAUAUUUGAGCUUUGUGAAGAUGAAAAUGUAUCUCCGAUUACUGAUGGAAAUGAUAGUGAUUACUCUGUUUAGUUUUUUCUAUUUGUGUAACAGAACUAUAUAUUUAAAUAUAAUGAAGUUUUUUUUUGUAAUUAUUAUUAUUAUGAAUUCAAUGUGAUAUACUUCUAUUUAAUGCUAAUUACUAACUAAUAAAUUUUAAACUGAAGUAUAAUGUCAGCUGAUAUA